GAAGAAAAUAAAUCAAAAGAAUGUUCGUAUUUAUGUAAAUAUUUUUAUUGCAUAGUUGGAAACACUGAGCUAUGAAUUUGAGAUGAAAAAAAAGUUAUUUCCCAGUACUAAUUUUCAUAUACAUGUAUCAGUGGAUUAUCUUCUUCUUUGCAUAGGUAAAUUAAUAUACAGAUUUUAUGAUUCGUUCGAAAUAUGUAUUUGAUUGACUUUGUUAGUUAUCGUAUUAAUUUCUGUUCGCACUAAAAAAACAUUGAAAUAUUUUUUCUCUGUACUAUUACAUUUAAUGAACUUAUAGCUUCGAUGAUUUUAUAAUUAUUUAAUCCAUGUACAAUGUAACGUAUAAUAAAGUAAUAUUUAAACAAUAGUUAUUAUAAUUAGAUUAAAAAACACCGUUAAAGAUAAAAUAAUUUUAUUUUAACAUUUCUGUACAAGUAAAUCCGGAGUCGUUGAUUGUUUAAUAUUGAUUAGUAUAGGAUGCGCCUCGUACAAAAUCACCAAAGAUUUGCAGUAAGUCUGUAGAAGUCGUUGAAUGCGCAUACGCCUUAAGCGAUAUUGGUCGAACGGACCUUAGUUUGUUUUGUUACGCUUUCAUUAUCCUCUCAAAUAUAUUUUUGAAUAUUAAUAAUUUAUAAAUAGAGAUAAUGUUUUCGCGUGCAAUAAACAAGAUAUUUAAGAGAUCAUAUUGUGAAAGAAUUUUAAAGUGUCGUGUUUAUUCAUCAAAUACGCCACAAUUAAAUAAGGGCGAGGAACCUGAUCCGGCACCAAUAUUUUUUAAUCGAGAGGUACAGGAGACAUUGCAGUUAUUAACACGAAUCGAUUAUAAGAAGGUUGUUAGAAAACGUUUGACCGGUGAAAAGUUAAAAUGUCCUGAAUAUAAAUUUCUGACCGAUAAAGAAUUACAAGAAGCUUUGGAUCUCGGAAAAAAGAGAGCCCAUAAGCGUUUGCAAAUGCCUCCUGUAUUAAAGGCGAGAAAAGAAAUAGAUGUGAUAUUAAGUAAAGAUGAAGCGUUAGAAGGAUUCGAUACAAGUAAAUACGUUUUUACGGAUAUAAGUUUUGGUAUAAGAGAUAGGGAUAAAUUCGUAGUAAUUAGGGAAUUGGAUGGCACACUUAGACAGGCGAAAUGGGAAGAACGAGAUAGACUAAUUCAAGUCUAUCAUCCUAUAGAAGGAAAAGAAAUAAUACCUCCAAAAUUAUUUCAAGGAGAAUAUUUUGAGGAUUUAUUGAAACGAGAAGUCUAUGAACAUAUAUUAGAUCGUGCUUGCCUUCAAUACGAUCCUGAUGAUCCAGAAUAUAAAAGGGUUACAGAGGCAGUUUACGAAGACAUAAAUAAAAAGAAGAAAUUCGAAUAUUUAAGAUCCACACGACAUUUUGGUCCUUUAGCCUUUUAUCUUGUUUGGAGUAAAAAUAUUGAUAAAUUGCUUUGCGAAAUAAUUGAAUCAAGAAAAAUUGAGGAAGCUGUGGCAUUGAUACGUCUUUAUCAAAAGAUACACCCUCAAGCAAAUUCGGCUACAACAAAGUGUGAAAGUGAAGAUCCUAUAGAAUUAAUAUUGCAUUAUGCCUCGUUAGAUUCACCUGUAGAUACUUUAAUUAAGAAAACUGUAGCAGUAUAUCAAGAAUUAGAAAGAGAAAGGCAGAAAGUCGUUGAAGGUAUUAAGAAAGCUCAUGGUAUUGAUCCAGAUAAGUCAUAAUUUCUAAAUGGAUAAAUAAAUAAUGAACUGAUAUUAAAUAUAAUACGGAUCGCGUUUUUUUUUCCUUACGAUCAUCGUCACCAUUAUCAUCAUCAUUAUAAUCAUUAUAAUCGUUAUGGAACCUAUAGGAAUAAUGAAAGGAAUUAGACAUAUUAACGUACUUCAAUAAUGAAUUUAAGAUCCUUUUAUAUGGUAUGUUAUGGUUAGCUUUAUUCAUUGUACGUACGGUGAAAUAAUCGAUGGAUAACAGAUGAGCAUUGCUAGGAUAUAAUUCGAUGAUUAUUACUCGAUUAUUUUAUUACGUAGUAGUUACUUACAAACAUUUACAAAUGUAACAAUUCAAUUCGAUUUAGCUUACAGGAUCGUCAGAAAACAUUGCACCUAACUUGCUAAUAUUAUUAAUACGGAAAAAGUAUAAUUGAUUCAGUGUUUAUCAUCCUUCUACAGAAAAAACGAAGAAUUUUUAUCAUUUUUCUUGGCGUUCGAUAAAUUUACAAUUAUUAAUGUAUUAUAGUAACUUUUAUCGCACUUCAACUUAUCGUCAUAUUAGAAAUAAUAAAUAAUCAAUUAAUGAUUUAUUUCUAUCGUCAUAAAUUAGAAAAGAAAAAAAGAAAGAAGAAACAACAAAAAUAAUAAUUGACACAAGAAAAUAGAUUCAUAAUAAUAAUAAUAAUAAUAAUAAUAAAAUAAUACAAUAAUAAUACAAAUAAAAAAAAAUAAUAAAAAGUAAUUCUUUUUUUCAAAGUAUACAAGAAGUUACAAGGGGAGGAAGAUGAAAUUUGUACGAAAGAGAUAACGUGAAAGAUAAAGAUAAAGAUAAAGAUAGAGAGAGAGAGAGAGAGAAAGAGAGA